AUGUCUCGCAUACCAUUUACGCCUAGUAAGAGCUCUUCUUCGUCGCUCGGAAUUCCUAAGCCGACAUCGCGCCCCUCGUCACGACCUACAACACCCACGAAUUUGAGGCCUCCCACCCCAAAGCUAAAAUCUGCGGUAUCGACAGAAGCCCGACGCCGAACCAUAUCCAAGCCACGGCCAAUUAAUACGAACUCGAGCCCUGUUCCACCUGUGCCGAAAAUAAAGACACCCAAUACUCCGAAGAGAGCAACUAUGGACGAUAUGUUUCUGCUCGAGUCCAAGAGCGAAAUGGAUGUCAGCCGCGUCGAUCCGGAGGAAGUACUGGUUGAUGCGCAAAAUGUAGAAUUGGCUGAUGUGUCCGCGGAGCUCGACGAAGCGAUGUUGAGGGAGAUUCUGGAGGGAAAGGAAGAUAAGGUUCUUGUCUCAGUCAGAAUUCGUCCUUCUGACGCCCCUGUCGCAUGGGACACUCCAGCAGCCCAACCGAAGACGAUCAAGCUUAAUCCUCAAUAUAGCCGGAACUCAACAAGCUCUCUCCCAGAAUUCACAUUCGACGAGAUGCUAACGGGAUCAGAGAACAAACCUGUAUACAACGCUGUAGCCCGGAAUCACGUCUACGCCGCGAUGGAUGGGUACAACUCAGUUAUCUUUGCAUAUGGCCAAACGGCUAGUGGAAAGACCUUCACGCUGUCCGGUGACGAAGACCAGCCAGGUAUCAUCCCUCGAGCCAUGAAGGACGUAUUCGCGUAUAUCCGUCGAACGCCUACGCGCGAAUACCUCCUUCGCUGCUCCUACCUCGAAAUCUACAACGAGAAUAUCAACGAUCUACUCGCCCCUCCAUCUUCCAACCACCUCAGCUCCUCCGUCCAAAUCAACGGAACAGGCUCUAACGUCUAUCUCUCCCCUCUCCGCGAAGAGGUCGUCACAUCCCUCAAGGGCGUGCACCAGGUCCUCGAACGCGGCUGGGCGAAUCGCAGGACCGCUACCACAGACUGGAACGAGCGAAGCAGUCGGAGUCAUUCUGUGUUUAGGGUGGUCAUUGAGAGUAGGGAGCGCGGUGGAGGCGAAGCUACUGGCGAUGUGCCGAGUGGAAGGCAGACUCCUGGGACGAGGCCGCCGACGCCGGGUGGGCCGAGGUUGCAGGCUAUUGGAGGUCGGAGUGUGCAGACUUCGGUUUUGAGUUUGAUUGAUUUGGCGGGGUCGGAGAAGGCUACAUCGGAUAAGGAGAGGACUAGGGAGGGGAAGUUUAUCAAUACGAGUUUGCUUACUCUAGGACAAGUCAUCAGCACGCUCGGAGAGAAUGCCGUGAAGCGCAAACAUGACUACGUGCCUUUCCGCAACUCCAAACUUACACGCAUGCUGGAGCCUUCGCUCUCAGGCAACGCCCGCAUCUCCGUGAUCUGUACCAUCAACCCCGACACCAAUGCCGUGGCUGAGACUACUAGCACCCUCAAGUUCGCCCAGGGCAUCAAGAAAGUCCAGCUCAAAGCCAAAAAGAAAGAAGUCGUCGACACCGAAGCCCUCCUUGAACGCUACCGUCAAGAAAUCGAAGACCUCAAGCGUCGUCUCGCCGACAAAGAACGAGAUGUCGCCCAACCUUCCACCGGCCCUGUCGCGAAAGACGGCAGUAUCAAUCGUAAAGGACGCCGAUUGUCUGCAAGGGAGCAGUUGGAGGAGUCUAGGGCUAUGCAGGAUUUGAAUUCGAGGAUUAGGCAGUUGACGAAGUUGAUUGUGACGAGUCAGACGGUGGAUCAGAGUGUGGAGCAGUCGAGGCCUGCGACACCGGCGAAGGUGGACUUUGAUAUGUCGCCGUAUCAGCUCCAGCAGGAACUUCUCUCUGCUCGUCGCGAGAUCGAGACUCAGGCGAAUCAGAUCCUCUCUCUUGAGGCCGCCCUGUGCUCCCGUCCUGCUCUUCCUGCAGACGCUCCAGAGUCCGAAAAGGACAAGCUCAUCGCGGAUCAGUCGAAGACCAUCCGGGAGUUAGAGAUCGUCGUGGCUGGAUACGAGGAGAACCUCGGUGAGCCAUUGCGAGCCGUCAGGGAGGAUGUGGAGAAAGAAUGGAUCGCGAAAGUUGAAGAGGAGAAGAGGAAACGAGAGGAGAAAGAGGUCUGGGCAGAGGAGUUGGUCCGCCAGCUAGACAAGGAGAAGAAGAUACGCACACAGUUCGAAGAGCAGAGUCGCGCUCUUUUCUCUUUCCUCCAGCGGUUUGACGCGUCCGCCUUCGGUGGCGAGCCACCUUCCUCUAGCUCGAUCCCUUCAUACUCGUUUUCGCGUCCUACCAUAGCUUUUGGAGAACGGCAUCGAAAUCGCGUAGCAGCUCCUACGCCACUGCCCGCCGUCGAGGAGACUAGUUCUCCCGUGAAGUUAGAUAUUCACAAAGCGAAGACAGAACCUUCUCUACUGGAGGAGAAAUGGGACGGGACGGGUGCGGAUGAGGAAAGCUUCGAGCUCGUGGACAAGGUUGUCCCUCCCAAGAAGUCUAGUGGACUCUCGUCGCUGCUUGGUAGACGACCGGAGAAGGAGAAUAGGCCGGCGAGCGGGCGGUGA